AUUCGUGUUUUCCUCGUCGUUCGGUUGAGCACACAGUGAGGGCGCACCGUAAGAAAAAGCCACAAAUUAAAUUGUGCACGCGCAUUCAAAAAGAAAAAGAGAAUAAGUCUAGCAUUAUUUAAUCGCCUUCACGUGUAUUUUGCAAUAGUGAAAUAAUACAAGCAAGCAGCAGUCCAAACGUGGCAUCAAGAGAAAUGCAUAAGGCAUUACAUAAGCAGCUUUUAAAAUAAUAAUCGUUUAAUGAAAACGAAGCAGCCGCGUUCGUCUCACUUCAGAUUGAAAUAUAUUUCAUCAGCCAAAAACAAUUUCUGUGCUAAAGCUGCAGAGUAGCUGUAAGAAAAUUGAAAAAAACCAAAAAAAAAAAAAAAAACUUGAACUGAACAUAGUCUACAGUUGAUUUGCCAAAAAGAGAGAGAGAGAGAAAAUAUGUGCUCGGUAACAAAACAAAGGCAGAAAUGUAUACGCAGUAGCAGCAGCAACAACAACAGCAACAUUAGCAGCAGCAGCAGCAACAGCAGCAGACAAAAAAACUCAGCGCCUAGCAACAAGACAAAUUCAACCCGAAUUGCGGCCAUGUGUAACGAGUUUCUCUGAUUUUCCAUAGAUCAAACAAGCAGCUAUAAGCCAAAGAUUGUAAAUAAUACAAUACAUACAUACACAUAUAUAUACAUAUAAAUAUAUAUAUAUAUACCUACGAGUAAAAGAGAAAGAGAGAUAAUUGUUAAUUGAACGAGUGAAACGCACAACACAAGAAAGAUGAACGCAAACGCAGCUCCUGCGAGCAGCCCACCCAAAUUCAAUGUGUUUGCCCAUGUCAAAUAUGAGCAUCUGGUUGCCGGCGUCUCUGGCGGCGUUGCGUCCACGCUUAUCCUGCACCCAUUGGAUCUCAUCAAAAUACGCUUUGCUGUCAAUGAUGGACGCACAGCGACGGUGCCGCAAUACCGUGGAUUGGGCAGCGCGUUUACCACCAUAUUCCGGCAGGAGGGCUUCCGUGGCCUGUACAAGGGCGUAACACCCAAUGUCUGGGGCUCCGGCUCCUCGUGGGGUCUCUACUUCAUGUUCUACAACACCAUCAAGACGUUCAUUCAGGGCGGCAAUACGACCAUGUCUCUGGGUCCCGCCAUGCACAUGCUGGCCGCCGCCGAAUCGGGCGCCCUCACGCUCCUCCUAACCAAUCCCAUUUGGGUGGUGAAGACGCGCCUGUGCCUGCAGUGCGACACGGCGAGCAGCUCCGAAUAUCGCGGCAUGGUGCAUGCCCUGUCCGAGAUCUACAAGACGGAGGGCGUGCGUGGCCUAUACAGAGGCUUUGUGCCCGGCAUGCUGGGCGUCUCCCACGGCGCCAUACAGUUCAUGACCUACGAGGAGAUGAAGAACGCCUACAACGAAUACCGCAAGCUGCCCAUCGAUACCAAACUGGCGACCAGCGAAUAUCUGGCAUUUGCGGCGAUAUCGAAGCUGAUUGCCGCCGCGGCCACAUACCCAUAUCAGGUGGUGCGAGCGCGUCUGCAGGAUCAUCAUCAUCGCUAUAGCGGCACCUGGGACUGCAUUCAACAGACUUGGAGAUACGAGGGCGCCAUUGGCUUCUACAAGGGUCUCAAGGCGAACCUGAUACGCGUGGUGCCCGCCUGCAUGAUCACGUUCCUGGUCUAUGAGAAUGUCUCGCAUUUCAUGUUGGCACAAAAGAAACGCCGGCAGCUGGAGCUGUUGACGGUUAACAAUGAUAAAUGAGCCUGAAAUUUCGGGGCUGAUUUUUAAAAGCAAUACUAAAAUGUCUUAUGCGCGCACAAACCACAUUGUUUUAAUCGGACGAAUAUGUUGACCAUUAGCUCCAUUUCGAACAUUUCUAUUAGCUACUUCUGUUUUAUAUUUAUUACCUGUUAAUAUUAUUUAAGUGUCUUGUCAAUUACUAUAAAACCUUAACUAGGUAGAUUGUUUAGGCCUUCUGCUUUAAUGUACAACUUACGUUUAUGGAAACGAUAUUCCUGCGCAAAAGCAUUGUUAUAUUUAGAAAGUAGCUUAAGUAGACAUCGGCGGUAAUAGAAAUAACAUUUAAUUUCUAUAUCUGCCAAAAAAAAAGGAGAUUGAAAGAAUUACAAGCAUCUACUUUUAUGCAAAACGCCAGUGAUAACCUCGCAGUGAAAAUGUGCAUUGUAUCUAUACAAUGAAAACUAAUUAUAAGUUAACAAAUGGCUGUUGAGAAUAUAAAUUGUUAUAACAUCACAA